AUGUCUCGUCAGCGAUUCACGGAUGACCCUUCCAUGGGGCGAAGGGCUCCGCCAUCAUCGUCCGAGGCAGCACUUGACACCACGCAACUGUUGGAGAGGUUGGCGCGCAGCAUCAUCUCCGAGCGUUGCGGUCGACGUGACUCCGACGCAGCCGCCGCCCCCUCCGAAGCACAGAUCCACGGUGCCGUCAGGCUGUGCAUCCGCAUUCUGACGAGUCACAUCGGGGAGCCGUUGAUGGUGGAGGACGAGGCUUCCGUUGCGCAAGUCAUCCGGACUAGACUCGUCAAGACGCCCAGCUCUAGCAGCAGCGGCGUGGAGGCCGCCCUUCGCUUCGACGAUCUGCACCGCCGCCUCAAGCUCCUGGCCGGCCUGAAGAAUCGCGCCCCCAUGCUGCACCUCCUGCACGCGCUCACCGACACGGGCACGGCAGCGGCGGCGGCGGCGGCGGCGAACCACCACGGCGUCGCCCCCCCGGCGAUUCCCCAGAUGCCUCCCCGGGUUUUCUCAGAGCCGGCGGCUGGACUGUCAGGUAUCGGUCAUGUCGUCGGGCAGGGGCUGCCUGCCACCGCUACAGCGUCGGUGGGGGGCGACGGUUACCACGGAGGAGGGGUUUCCAACGGGCGUGAACCUGUAGGGGAGGGGCGGCGGCAUACCGAGGCGAUGGGGGGGCGGGCGGGCAGGCAUAGGUCUGUGGUGAGCAGAGGCAUGCCGCGGCGAACGACGGAGGUGACGGAGAGGACGUUGCUGAAAGGCAUCCUCUACGCGUUUCAGGGCAUCGACAGUCAAUACAUCAAGUACUGCGAAGAGGAGUCUGGCUACGUGCUCGACCCGCGGCUAAGGUUGGGGUUGAAGCAAAGGGCGAUGGUAACGGAGAUGUUGGAGAUGGGCUGGCUAUUCACGACGGUCGUGCGAUAUAACCAGAGCGUCGAUGCCGGCUCAGCGGGCGUCGGUCCUGGUCGCAUCCAGCAGGCUUUCGUGUUCUCUUUGAAGGAAGACUUGACAGAGUACUACCGACUCAUCGCCGUACUGGGGGCACAGCUGAAUCUUGAGUCGGAGGGGGUGGGGGUCGGGGCUGGUGGGACGGAGGGCUUGACGCUGCAGCGCCUGUUCGUGUGGGUGAAGGAUCCGAUGAAGCGGCUCAAUGUCAUGGCAACCCUUGUGGCCGCGGCAGCACAGCUUAAGGGGGGAGCCUUGGCCUCGUGCCUGCACACACACGUAGACCACGGCGAUCCGUUCGUGCGAGGGCUGGUGCAGCGCACGAUGGUCCGCGCCUGCGAGUCUCUGUUCUUGAUGGUGAAGCUGUGGAUGUUCGAGGGGGAGCUGGUAGACCACCAUAAUGAGUUUUUCGUUCAAGAGAAGAAGCUCGCGACGGUUUUGAAGGAGACUUUGUGGCACGACCGCUACCACCUGGACCUGUGCCUGCUGCCCAAGUUCAUCGACCAGGAGGUUGCCGUGAAGAUCCUCACCAUCGGAAAGGCCAUCAACUUCUUGAGGCGCCUGUGCGGGGACUCGGAGUGGAUCAUGGGGCCCAUGGCGAAGGCAGCGGCCCAAGCCACAACGCUGGAGUACGGGAACACGAUAUCCCUCAGGGCUGUGGUGGAGUCUUGCUCCGCCUUGACCAACGCCAGGCUCGUGCACCUCAUGCUCGGGCCCUACCGGCUAAAGUCGCACCUUCGAGUCCUCAAGAAGUUUCUUCUCCACGGACAGGGAGAUCUCAUGCUCACCCUUAUCGAAGUGCUCGGGCCAGAGCUUGACAAGAAGGCCACGGUGAUAUACCGGCACAACGUCAUGGGGAUAGUCGAGGGCGUGAUCAAGACCAGCGCCAUCCUGCAGGACGAAGCGGAAGACGUUGCUAGAAUCGGAGUCAAGAUUUUCGGCGGUUCGGAGUCUGAUACUGGGUGGGAUGUGUUUUCACUCGAGUACGACGUGGGCGCUCCCAUCUCGACCGUGGUUACGAAAGAGGUGCUAGUCGAGUACCGAAGAGUCUUCCACCUGCUCUGGCGUAUCAAGCGGGCAGAGUGGAGCCUGGCUUCGGCCUGGCGACUUCACACAAGCGCCACACACGUCCGGCUGGAGCAAGCCCUUCCGGAGCUGAGAGGCGCGCUGCACCGGUGCAGCCUAAUUCGCGGCCAGAUGUUUUUCCUCACUACUAACCUCAGCAACUACAUGAUGUUCGAGGUGCUGGAGACUUCGUGGGGCACUCUGCAGAAGAGCCUCGACUCCGCCCUCACCCUGGACGACAUAAUCCAAGCGCACAAGGCCUACAUGAAGGGCAUCCUCGCCAGGGCUAUGCUGAACGAAGAGAGCACGGACGUGAAGAACAAGGUGGAGGAGGUCCUAGGCAUCAUCAUCGACUUCUGCCGACAUCAGGAGAGCCUGGUCAUCCGUGCUAUGGCAGAGGUUACCACCCGAAGGGCGGAACAGGCUGACAAGGACCGUCGAACUGCAAUGGGCCAGUGGGGCACAGAGGAUGAUACCGCACAGGGGGGUCGACGGUUGGGGCGGGACCCCUUCGGAAUGGGUAACAUCGAAGAUACCGCGCGCCGAUUUGAGGAGAAGCUAUCGGAGCUCAGGUGUAUGCUAGAGCAAAAAUGCGGCAAGAUGGAGAUUCUGAGGUUCCUCAUCUUCCGAUUGGACUUCAAUGAGUAA